UGGACCGGAAGAAGACAGAGAGAUAAAGCCAUGCCGCGUCUGUGUCUCCCCAUCGCUCCUGCCCGUCCAGGUCGACGUCGCCCUCGGUGGCUCCUGCUCUUUGCGGGCAUCCAGGCAUCCAGGCAUCCCUGCUUACAUAACCACCCUCCAGGUCAGGCGGAGAUCGACUGGCCUCCACCUCCACGACCUGCUGCUUUCCAUCCAGAAGAGAUCCCGCCUGCUGCCUCGAGUGUCUUUCGGUCUUUCUAUCCGGCGGGGUUGAAUCUACAGCUCCUGCACAUCCUGCACAACGCCUACGGAUCUUCUCCGAAGACCUGUCGAACCCUGAUUCGAUCCGCCUCCUUUGUUGUCACCACUCCUCCCCUCCACCCGCGCGCCAUGGCCACAGACGACCACUCCCACUCGAGAGUCGAGCUCUAUGAAUCCGGCCUGACGGUCCCCUCGGAUUCCGAGAACUACUCCGCCAACAAUGAGCUAUCCUCGUCGACGUCGAGCUCGCCCUUGAUUCUCUACAGUCCCCCAACCUUCUGGAGCCUGCUGCGAGGGGCAGCCAUCAACCUGGUCCUGCCUUUUGUGAACGGACUGAUGUUGGGAUUUGGUGAACUAUUUGCCCAUGAGGCCGCCUUUAGACUGGGCUGGUCCAAUACCAAGAUCUUCCCUACCUACCGACGAUCGAGAUCGUUGGCCCCCGGCGUGGAGGCUCGAGAGAUCCCUUCUCCGAGAAGGAGUAUCCUGUGAAGCAGCCCUGUCCGGGAAUAGAUCCAAUCAUCCAGCCAACCGGUUAUAGAUCUUCGAGGCCCCAGGUCCUCACGCACGGUGCGGAGCGGAACCGUCACAUCAAAACUCCUUGCCCUGCCCUGUCCUUCCUCUCUAUCUGUCCAUCUGUCCAUCUUCCCAUCCGUUCUGUUUGUCGGGCUGCCUUGUUUAUUCCUUCUGAUCUCCAGCAUGGGAUGCGUAUAUGGGGGGAUUAGUGUACAUAGAUCCUCAGACACCAGUAGUAGGUCUGAUUGACUGUAACGGCGUUUGGCGAAACCUCUCGAAUGCGGUCUUACGGCUGCAGCCCCCGUCGAGACGACUGUAUGUCUUAGAAAUCGAAGCCUCUUCCAUUCGUCGUCUCUUGUAUACCCCGGGGUCACGUGGGCGGCCGCCCGGCAGAAAAACGGGCGUCUUUCGG